AUGUAUUUGAUCGAGAAAGACUAUUUCGGAUGCCACGAGACCACGAGCCUGCACAAGCUGCUCGUGGUGGCAUUCAAAGAUUUCAAAAGCUUUCAGCGGUCUACUGGCAUUCGCUGCUCACAAACGAAAUUCGUUCCGAAUUUUGUAUGGAAGGAAAAGAAGGGGGCCAUCAUGGCGCAUAAGGGCUACAACGGAAGAGUGAUAGCAUUCUGGCUGGCAGAUUGUUUGCAACGAGCUGUCAACCGAACGGUUGUGGAGGAUCGACAUUUCGGGCAGUGGUUGCAGCAAGAUGGGAAUUGGCCUCGAGAAGACGAUUUGCUGGCACCGACCGCUGUGGCCAUGCGCCUUUUCUGA